GCAAAUUUUCGUUUCAUGUCUGUCCAUUAUUUCCACAACGGGAAGUUUGUUAUCCGUAAAACAAAUUAAGUUUUUUUUUUAGAAGAGUAUUGGAGGAAUCUAUCAUAUAAAUCAUACUGUCGAUAAAAAACUGAUGAUAACAAAAACCAGUGUAAGCCAAAAAUAAAAUUGUUUAGCAAUAAUAGCAACACAGCUGUGUGAUAAAAAGAGUGGAAUGGAAAUUGUGCAAAAAAGAAAAAAGUUGAGUCGUCAGUAAGGAAAAAAAGAAAUAACCGACAUAAUAAAAAUGGGCGAACGCGUUUAGUAUUUCAAUAAUUAACAUAUUUUGCAUCAUAGCUAUAUGCAUAUUUAGAAGUCCUAUGUACCAAUUGUUUUAUGUGGAAUUGUGAAAGUAGUAAGAUAAAACGAAGUUCUUAAAAACUAAGCAAUGAUGACGUUUUGUCUCUACGAAUAAACAAGGCAUAGUCAAGUCAUAUGCGGAUUUUUUUGUGUGCUAGUUGCUCUGUGUGAUUUUUAAAGUGUUUGCUAACAGUUUUUGUAAUCGCAUUGUAGGUCGUACAAAGUGUAAACUUCGCCUAAAAUAUUUUUAGUUUUUUUUGAACAUAACGCACAUAUUAAACACGAUAUACUUACACAUAAAACCUUCGCUCAGCGAUAGCUCAUUGACAUCUAUAGAAGCGUAACCCAGAAAGAGUACAUUGUCGCCACGACCCAACACAAGGCAUAGCAGGUCAAAAUAUGCAAAAGUUAGAGAUGGCUAUACCACCACCACCAGGUCCACCGCCGCCACCAGGGCCACCACCGCCUCCGGCUAUGGGAGGUCUCAAAUUAGGUGGUGCUGGUGGCGGAGAUAUGCGUUCAGCGCUCCUACAAUCCAUACAAAAAGGCACUAAACUGAAAAAGACUACAACAGUUGAUAAAAGCGGACCAGCCCUAGCAGGAAAGAUUUGUGAUUCAACGCCAUCCGCAACGAGUUCACCGAAACGAAUACACAACAAUAAUAAUAACAACAACAAUAUCAGUAAUAGCAAUAACAAUAAUGUGGGCAAUGGCGCACCAAAAUUGGGUGGCCUAUUCGAAGGGCUGACCUCAAUGCCCAAACUGAAGCCAGUCAAUGGCAGUAAUCGUGCCCAAGCUCCGGCAAUCCCAACGGCUACCAAUAACGAUUCGUCCGCAGCGAGUAGACGCAACGACACAUCGCCACCAGCGAACGCCAACAGCGGAAAUAACUGCAGCAGUAAUGGUCCAUUAGAUUUCAAUGCUGAACUAACAAAGCAUUUGACACUGAAGCGGCAGAAGCAACAGCAGCUACAACAGCCGGUCAAUGCGACUGAGGCGAAUUUACGUACAAAUCGUGGACCACCACCGCAGCCGCCAUCGACGCCACCGAAGAAUCUCUCAACGCAGAGCGCCUCCGACUCGGUGUUGGAGAAAACGAGAGGUAUCAACGCGUCGUCAGCUGGUAUACGCGCUAGUCCGUUGGCGGCAAAUCACAGCAAUAGUAAGGCAUCAUCGCCUACGCUUUCGGAGAGCAGCAAUGGCAGCAACAAAACCGCUGGUGGUGGCACCAACAAUAGCAUCAAAAGUAAAGCGGCUAGUUUGAAUUUAACAUUAGGCAAAACAAAUUCAAAUGUUGUAAAUAAUAAAAGUAGUAAUACAAACUCUUCUUCAACCACAACGACCUCGUACAAUUAUAAUUCAAUCAACAACACAACUACCACAACAACAACAAACCAUUUAAACUACAAAAGCAGCCUGAACAGUACACUGUCGAAAGCAACACAAUUCCAACAGCAAAAGCAAACAUCACCUGCGCCUAGCCGAGGCAAUAUCCUACCGAACAAAUCAUCAUUAUUCGGCACGAAUGGCAUAAAUAGCGCUGUUGGCCCUUCUGCAACAGGUAGUAACAAUUCGCUUGCCACCCCUACCGCAGCAUCAACGACUACGCCGACUAAUAAGUCGCCGACGCCAAGUUUGAAGCCGGUGCCGAAUCAUGGAAAACCGAAUUUUGCGCCCAAACCGCCAGGAUUACAGCAAUUGGCGUUGGCGAGCAGUCAACGUACGACCGUGUCGCGCCAUCAUAGCAUGAAGUCGCCAAGAUCACCGCCAAUUGCAGCGCCAGGUGCGCCCAUAUUCCCCUCCCAACAACACUUCGGCACAAUGCGCGCACCACUCGCACAACUGUAUCAGUCGCAAGAAGCAAUCAACAGCAGCGGCAUGCGUCCAGCGCCAAACCCAUCAAUUGGUCGCCCUACAGUAGCACCACCGAAACCGCCAUCAGUCAAACCACCGCCUCCGCCAACACCGGCGCGCAGCGUCUCCAAUUCCAAUCUGAAUAGUAUUGUGGGAGGCCAAAGUGCCAAUGGCAAUGUGACCAUACCAUAUAGCGCUGUAAACACUACACUUAUCUCUUCCGUAAACAGUAAUAAUUACUCAUCGCCCACCACAACGCAACCACCUUCCAAUUCUUCUUCCACCAGUAGUGUGUCGGCGUUGCGGGAUCAAUUUCGUAGCACAACAAAUGCAACACCACCACCACCACUGCCGCCAACAGCAAGUGUUGUUGCUGCCAAUAUGAAGUCGUCCAGUAGUAGCAGCACUCAGGGCAGUCCAGGUAGCCCCGGCAGCAGGCAAGGGCCGAGUCGAGAAAAGCCCAUAAAAGCAAUCAUAUUGAAUGGUGGUCCAUUGAAUGCGCCACCACUGCCACCACAUCGAACAGUUCAAGCGCCCCCACCGCCGCUACGUCAAACGAGUAAUACUGGCAAUAACGUGGCACCCGUGCCGCCACAACGACACUCUUCCAUACGCGCCAAUGCACCUGUAACGCCGCCAACAGCCAACAACAACAAUAUGCCCAUGUUCGGAAACAAUGUUGGUAAUCUAACGCACGCCAAUUCAGUCAGCCGUUUAAUCACCGAUUUGGAAUCCCGUUUCGUCUUCCACAAUGUCACCGAAUUCCCAAAACCGCCACCGUUUCUAAAUAUUCCAAAAGUCUAUACGGCCAAAGCGAAUGCGCCACUUCCAGCUACUAACAUAAACAACAACAACAACAAUUUUGAUGGGGAAAGCACUAACACUGUAACACCAACAACAGCAGGAGCUUCCACAGAUACAACACCACUAGCUGUAGCAAGCGGUGUGGCACGCAAACAGGCAGCACAACCAUUAUUUCCCUUGGGUGUGAAGAAGCAUCGCGCACCCGCACCACCACCGCAAGCCGGAGUGGCUGCGGCAACGGUAUCUGUGAUAAGACAAUCGAGUUUCCUUUAUGGCGGCGCCGGUGUGGGUGGUGUUGUAGCACAACAACAACAACAAGCACAGCAGUGGUAAACAUACCGCUGUAAUGUGUAUUGGAGAGGAAAGAAGUGGAGUGCAGUGGAGUGAGUUGGAGUGACGUAUGUGAAUCAUAGUGAAAACAUAUUUUAGCAAGGUAAUUAAAAACAAAAUAAUUAAAUAUAGCCACA